AUGAGUUCGAGCAAUGGGCCCAAGUAUAAUUUGAAUCGGUUUAGACGUAUACCAUCGCAGCAUUCAGCAGAUCAAACGUAUUUGAACCCCAAUGAGUCGCUUAACCAGAAUAGCACCAGAACAAUUUCUUCGGGGUCAACAUCGAUACUCAGCACACCGAGCAAUAAUAUCAGGCGCAUUCAACAGCAGAAACAGCAGCUGAGGAUACAGAGGGAGCAGAAGGACUCGAAGGAACAGAGGGCCAAGAGACCAUCGAUGAUGUCACGUCCGAGCAACGUGAAGAACAAAUUGUUGAAUUUACAGUCGCUGAAGAAGUAUAUGACAGAUAAGAAAGGGACAGAGAAGGCAGGAACGCAGGCGUUUGCCAUUCGCAAGCCCCUAGACAUGAAUGCUUACGACUACUCAGUGUUCACCAAUUAUUCGAAUGAUAGUGACAUGCUAGACGACGACAGCUUACCGCCGGCCGUUAAGGAGUCUCAGGUAAAGGCGUGGGAGUCUGCUGAAAAGAUCACGAACAAUUUGAUCUUCAACGAUACGUCAAGCGAGAGUGAUGACGAUAGUGAGGUGGAUGGCGAGCCAAAGGACACGAAAGAAAUGAAGCACCGCAGCAAUGAGAUCAUACAAUCGCUUCCCGGAUACACCAAAGGAGAACUAUGCAUUAUCCAGACCCGAUUUAAUGAUAAACAGAAACAGGGUCCAAAUGUAACUAAUUUUGGUGAUGAUGAAGAAAAGCAGUUGCUCUGGGAUUAUAGAAAGCGUCAGCAAGCCACACAAGAGAAACUUUUCAGCCAGUAUCUGUCUUUAUCUAAUAAGCGUAAGAUCCAACUUGCACAAAAAAAGGAUUUACUCUACAAAAUGUUCGGAUACAACAACAACAUAAACCAGGAAUAUGUAACGAAUAACACGCCUUACUCUGCUAUAGAUAAUGCAGCCAAUUCUCUGAAAGCAUUUCACGAGGAUAAGGAAGAGAUAGGUCUGCUUAUUGACGAAGACAGACUUUACCACCAAUUGUUGCAUGACACCAAGGCAUCAUUGAAUAGUCGCCAAAACAAUCGAUUGGGAAUCAAUAAGCGCAAACUGAAAAAAAUAGAAAUUACGGAUUUUGACUACGACAAAUUCCAAAGUAUAGUUUCGUUUAAGCUUGACCAUUUGUACGACCGUUUCUUCGUUAACUACAAUUGUUCCAAACCCGCCGAUAUGGACGAUGAUGACGAAGUCUCGGAAGAAUUAUACAACUUUACAACUGCAUUUUUAAGACGAUGCAUAAAGGAUACUGAUGAAAUCGAGGAUUCCAUGUAA